GAUUUCGUUUUGGUCUUGGCAGAGGCUCCUCAGGUGUUACUCCAGCGACGAACGCAACAGCCGGUAUGGGCAAAGCAGAGGCCGACACAGCGAUUCCGUCAAAGCCCCUCGGCGGCGGUGGCGGGGUUCACAAAAAGAGCAAGAUCGACAAAGCGAAAUUGAAACAGGCACUUGAGAAGAGCAAGAGCAUUCAUCAACUUCUCACCACAAAGUCCGAACGGCCCAGCAGCCCGAACACCCCUGCCGCGGAGGCCACGGCGGACCAGGAUCAUCAAAAUCGACAAAAGAUCGAGAUGGCCCGGCACACCAGGAGCCGUAGCGAGAGACCCUCAGUCAACCACCCGGAAGUCGAGGCCAAGUCGCAGCCCGGAAAUCGAGAUCUUACCGACUUUCAGAAAAAGAUGCAAAAGCGGCUCUCGGGCGGACAGUUUCGCUGGAUCAACGAGCGCCUUUACACCUCAGGAAGCGAGAGCAUGUUCAAGCUUUUUCAAGAGAAUCCUGACUAUUUUGCCGUGUACCACGACGGCUUCCGAGAACAGGUGGAGCAUUGGCCACAGAACCCGAUCGACACAUUCAUAGCCUUUCUCCAAGACAAACCCAAGUCAACCGUCGUUGCAGACAUGGGAUGCGGAGAGGCCAUGAUUGCCCAGAAGCUCCACAGGCGCAUGACGAUCCACUCAUUCGACCUUGUGGCAGGAAACUCGUUCAUCACUGCGUGUGACAUAUCCAAGGUCCCGCUGGAAAACGAGGCUGUCGACGUGGUUAUAUUUUGCCUUUCUCUCAUGGGAACAAAUUUUAUGGAUUUUCUCAUGGAAGCUAACCGAAUCCUGAAGAUACGUGGCGAGCUCAAAAUCGCAGAAGUCACAAGCCGGUUCACGAAUCUCGACGACUUUGUUGGCACUCUCCAGUCCAUUGGAUUCAAGUUCCUGCGAAAGGACACCAGCAACAAAAUGUUUGUUAUGCUGGAUUUUGUCAAAACCCGUCGGCCCAAAGGAGCUACUCAUCGGGCUCCAGAUGAGCCGGAGCUGUUGAAGCCGUGCAUCUACAAGCGCCGCUGAAGGGCAGGGUCAUGAUGAGGCGGUAGCGCCAUGAGAAACGAUGCAGACAUGCUGUUGGGAUCAUCCAAGGCUUGCGGACAAGUGGCCACUACAGACGCUCUGUCGUGCCCACUCUCUCCAUGCACCGCCUGUUCACUCAGGACAGCCUGGGAAAAGAUUUGACCCACUUGAUCGCUGUUGGUUGAGUAUGUGAUAUGAUCCGACUACGGUGUGUUAUUUUGUCCGAACGAGGCGAUGUGCCCUAAUGUUUAUUCAACAUGCUGGGUUGACGAACCCCUA